AUGGCACAGCCUCAGAAAAAUCCUGAUGAUGGUAUCAUCACUGCUUUCUAUGUGUGCACCAGGAGUGAUGGAAACUGCAGCCCCCUGAGCCGGGAGGAGCUGAGGCAGCUCAUGGAGCAGGAGUUUGGAGAGGUGAUGGAGAAUCCUCAGGACCCCAAAACUGUCAAGAAGGUGUUGUGCUUCCUGGAUGACAACAGCAACUGCAGGGUUGACUUCAACGAGUUGCUCAGUCUGGUUUUCCGCGUGGCCAAGGCUUGUUACAAACCACUCCAGCCCCACCAGGCACCAGAAGAUCAUCAGGAGCUGAUAGCACAAGAGAAGGCAGCUGGUGAGCAGCUGCUGGGGCUGCAAGAAGAGGGGAGGGUCUCCCACAACCUGCAGGUCCCCGAGCAGGAUGUGAGCAAUCAGGUCCAGGGCACUGAGACACAAGACCCAGACGACCAUCAAAUCCAGGAGGGUGAGACAUCAAAGCUGGAUCCAGACACCCAUCAAACCCAGGAAGGUGAGACAUCAAAGCAGGAUCGGGACACACGUCAAAGCCCAAAGGGUGAGACAUCAAAGCAGGAUCAGGACACACGUCAAACCCAAAAGGGUGAGACACCAAAGUGGGACCCAGACAACCAUCAAACCCAUGAGGCAAAGGAACAGGACCAGGACACCUGUCAAUCCCAGGAAGGGGAGAGACCAGAGCAAGACCAGGAACCCCGUGAGGAUGGUGGGACUGAAGCACCAGAAGGGGAUUCAGAGAGAGGUGAGAUCCUGUACACUGCAAUCCCAGAGCAGGACAGAAACCAUCCUGUGGCUGAAGAGACUGAGACACCCAAACAGGACCCAAAACCCCACUCUGUCAAAGGAACUGAUACACUAGGACAGGGUUCAAACUACCACCAAAACCCAGAGAUGGAGUCAGAAGAGGAGGACCUGAACUGUCCCUCUGAGACACAAGGAAGAGACCCAAAAAAUGAAAUUCAGGUCUGUGAGGCCCCUCAGCAGGACCCCAACCCUGUCAAGACCCAGAAGCUGCCACCCUCACAGUGGGCUGCAAGCCCCCAUUGGGAUCCCAAGGCCCAGGGGUCCCACCACGCUCUGGAUUUCCAUCAGCUUGCUGAAUUCCAGGUGCUGGAGCAGGAGCACAGUGAGGCAGAGGGUCCAUCUUGUCCAGCCCAACAGCAACAAGUAGCUCAUCACCCAAACCAACCUGCUAUGGAGCAACAGCUCUUGCAUCCUCUGUACCAGUGGCUACCACAGCAGUAA